CACUUUUAGACAUGUCAGUCUCCGUGUUGUCGGUGGUUUCUCGGUUCUUAGAUGAAUAUGUCAGCUCCACUCCGCAGCGGCUCAAGCUGCUGGACGCGUACUUGCUGUACAUCUUGCUGACCGGCGCUUUGCAGUUCUUGUACUGCCUGCUGGUUGGGACCUUCCCUUUCAAUUCCUUCUUGUCCGGCUUCAUCUCCUCCGUGGGCUCAUUCAUCCUUGGCGUGUGUUUAAGGAUCCAGAUAAACCCACAGAACAAAAGUGACUUCCAGGGGAUUUCUCCAGAGAGAGCUUUUGCAGACUUCCUGUUUGCCAACACUAUUUUACACUUGGUUGUGAUUAAUUUUAUCGGUUGAUUUAUUUUCCAAAAAAGCAAGAGUUGUUCCUUUGAUGUUGGGAUGGAGAAGACACUUUCCAUGUUACUGAACAACACAGAGAUUCAUUCCUUUUUGUUUCCAUGAUGUCAUAUUAAGGGUUGGUCAGGCCAAGAAAUGGAACCUGACCCAGUGCAAACAGUCUGUGUUUUGUCAGGAAAAACUGCCAAUAAAAUCUAAAUUUCCUAA